AGUCUUUCCCAGGUAUAUACGUUCCACUGAUAUAUAAGACAUCAUCGUACAAAGAUCGAUGCGUUCGCGUUCACUCACCCCGCCCAUGGCAUCUCCGCCCAUUAUCUCCGAAUCUGAGGCCGAGAACGCGCGCCCGACUGUCUCGGAGAGGGGAAGUCGCGCGACAAGCUACGCCGGAUCUCUCUGUACCAUUGCAGAGGAUCCCAACGAUGAUUUAUGGGUGGAGCCAAAGCUGAAGGCUCAGUACGAAGCAUUAUUGGCGCAGCAGAACCAGGUCGCGCCCGUUGCAGUACUGGUUCAUAGGCGCAAGGCUAAAAGCGCAUCGAGUGUUGCGAAGGACUGCCGCAAGCAGGGUGUAGACAGACCCACGGAACUGUUCCUUGAUCGCGGUGUUGUCUUCGGCGCUUUCCCGCCAUUCUGGCGUGGGUUAAACAAGGAGCAUCCGAUGUGGCGCGUCAAAGAUCUGUUACUUCGACGCUUAUGCGACGUGGAGCCCCUUCCUCGCGAAUCUUUAAAUGAGUCGCAUCCGCUUAUAACUAAGUUCGAUGUUACGCGCAUGUGCUUCGAGCGGUCCGCACCACAAGGCGGUGACUACGUUAUUCUAAGGGUGAGCGCCGUGUAGAAUUGUCAACGGUGUGCUGACUACUCAACAGCCUGCUUACGUGCCUCAGUGGUAUGCGUACCAUUAGGAGAAGGCACUGGAACAGGUCGUCCGUAUAGCCCACAAGCUCUAUCGUCUUUCUC